UCCGUCGUGUCGCGGCCGGGGCUGGCUUCCGCCGAAAUUUCCUUCUCCUUCAAAAUUCAACAAAAACCAUUUGACACUCCAAUCCAGUCGUCGGUAGGGGAGGGGGAAUAGUAUCGUUGGACUUCAAUUUGGGGGAUCCAACUACGCUGGAAGCGACUCGAUGGGUGAAGGAAGUCUGGAGGACACCUCGCCUCCUGGCGAUUCGACGGAGGUGAUAUCUGAAGGCGAUGAGUUCGAUGGCGGCGAACCUAUACUGGCGUCUCAUGCGGAGAUGGUGGAGGAAAGCUUCGCUCUAAAAGAGUGGAGAAGACAGAAUGCCGUUCGACUGGAGGAGAAAGAGAGGAUGGAGAAGGAGAUGCUACAGGAAAUAAUUGAGAAAGCUGAUGACUACAAAGCAGAGUACUCCAAUAAAUGGAAGAUUAGGUGCGAAAGUAAUAGAUUGAUGAACAGAGAGAAAGAAAAGUUGUUUCUAGAAAGCAGAGAAAAAUUCCACGGAGAGGCGGAUAAAAGAUAUUGGAAGGCAAUUGCUGAGCUCAUACCAAAGGAAGUUGCUCAUAUUGAAACGAAGGGAAAGAAGGAAAAGCAGCCUUCCAUCAUGGUGAUUCAAGGCCCCAAACCGGGAAAGCCCACUGAUCUUUCUCGUAUGCGUAAUAUCCUUGUAAAGCUCAAGCACAAACCACCUGAUCAUAUGCAGCCUGCUUCACAUGAGCCUGGAAAAGAUGCUAAACCUCAAUAGACAACUCUUGCUGCUGCCAAGCCUGUUGUUGUUGUUGUUGUAAAGUGAAGCUGCUGCAUCGAUGGUAUGAAUACUAGCUGCAAUGUGUUGCUUUUGUGAAACUAGUUAGUGAAGUUGAGUGUUGUUAACAAGCAGUGUUAAUGUGUGUAUAUGCUUGAAUAAAGAUGUAUUUUCUGUUUUAUAUGAUGUCAAUCCCUUUCUAUUAUGCAUGCCCGCGGUUGGUUCCUGAAGCCUAGUAGUUUUGGCUGUGUUUGACAUAUGAUAUGAAUGCAUGCCUUUAGAAGAUUAAGCAGUUUACCAGACUCUAGUCUGCUACUCUUUAAGGAAUGUGAUGAUUGAUGCUUCUGCUUAAUUAACGAUAUGGAAUGACAGUGUUACAUUUUUUUACAAGACCACGAGAACUCCCGAUGAGUUGGAUGACAUUGAAGGACAGGACGUAUGCCUUAUAUAAUGAAUUAAUACUGUUCUCGAGAGGGGGAGGGGCUUAAGAGAAAAAGCCGAA